CACUUGUUUCGUUUUAUAUAUUCUUUCUUCUUUAAAACAUUUAAUAUUUUUCCUCUUCUACACAUCUCCACAAAUUCCGAACAUCUCUCUCUCUCGUUCAAGAACCCAAAAACAAAACAAAAAAGCAGAAAGAAGAGAGUCAUGAAUUGUGAAGAAAGCUUUGUUGAGGUUGAUCCUUCUGGAAGAUACGGAAGAUACGAUGAAGUACUUGGCAAAGGCGCUUCGAAGACAGUGUACAGAGCGUUUGAUGAGUAUGAAGGGAUAGAAGUAGCAUGGAACCAAGUAAAGCUUCGAAAUUUCACAAGGAAUCCUGAAGAAUUAGAGAAGUUCUUCAGAGAGAUUCAUCUUCUCAAGACUUUGAAUCAUCAAAACAUUAUGAAAUUCUACACUUCUUGGGUUGAUACACACAAUUUAUCAAUCAAUUUCGUCACUGAGCUCUUCACCUCUGGUACUCUCAGACAGUAUAGGUUGAGACAUAGAAGGGUGAAUAUAAAAGCAGUGAAGCAAUGGUGCAAACAGAUUCUAAAAGGGCUUCUUUAUCUUCAUAGUCGUUCUCCACCAAUUAUUCAUAGAGAUCUCAAAUGUGAUAACAUCUUUAUUAAUGGGAACCAAGGUCAAGUCAAGAUUGGUGAUCUUGGACUCGCUGCCAUUCUUCGUAAAUCACAUGCCGUUCAUUGCGUUGGAACUCCUGAGUUUAUGGCUCCAGAAGUGUAUGAUGAGGAAUACAAUGAGUUGGUUGAUGUAUAUGCUUUUGGAAUGUGUGUGUUGGAGAUGGUCACUUUUGAUUACCCUUACAGCGAGUGUACUCACCCUGCUCAAAUCUACAAGAAAGUUACCUCGGGGAAAAAGCCUGAAGCUUUUUACUUAGUGAAGGACCCUGAGGUUCGUGAGUUUGUUGAGAAGUGUUUAGCUACUGUGACGUCUAGGCUUACUGCAUUGGAGCUUUUACAAGACCCUUUUCUACAAGAUUAUGAUAAUGUGGAUGGAUUUGAUAUGAGACCUAUUGAUUACUAUAAUGGUUAUGAUGAAACUGGUGUGUUCCUUAGACAACCUCUGAUUGAUCAGUAUGACUCGUCGUCACAGAUAUGUGAGAUUGAUCUUUUCGCUAAUGAUGAUGAGGACCAUGUUGACAUUUCGAUUAAAGGGAAGAGAAAUGAUAGUGAUGGGAUAUUUUUGAGGAUCAGAAUCUCUGAUGUUGAAGGACGGAUAAGGAACAUUUACUUCCCUUUUGAGACAGCUAUUGAUACUGCAUUGAGUGUAGCAACAGAGAUGGUAUCAGAGCUAGACAUAACGAAUCAAGAUGUUGCGAAAAUCGCUGAGAUGAUCGAUGCAGAGAUUGCUGCAUUGGUACCUGAUUGGAAAACUGAUACAGAAUGUUCCCAAAAUGUGAUCAACAACAACAACAACAACAACAACACUGCAGGGUUCUGUGGUGAUUGUGCUUCAAACGGGUAUAUACAAGAAGAGACUGUAUCAUCAUCAGGAGAGAAAUCGCAUCAUCAUCAUCAUCAUGAGUUUGAUAGUUCUGAGGACAAGAGCUGUUCUUCAGUUCACGGUAGGUUUGCGGAUAUUUGGGGUUUGAGAGAAUCACAUUCUGAUGAUGGAGAAAAACAGAGUUCAAGAAAGGUCAGAAGUGGUUGUUGGUGGUCAGAGAAUGAGAUGAGAAGAGAACUGAGAUGGCUUAAGGCAAGGCAUAAGAUUCAGCUUAUGAGAGUGAGAGGUCAAACGAUAUGCGAGACACCAACGGAGAUCUCUGUUACACCAACGGGAAACUCAGCUUCGCCGCCUCUUCUUUACAGGGCUAUAUCACUUCCUGUGGAUGCUGUGGAUAUAAUGUGACAUUGUAUAGUCUGAUUAUAGUUAUCACAUAUACUGUAUUUGUAUGUUUUCGACAUUUUAAAACUUUUGUUAAUUUUCUUUCAACCUUUAAAACAAUUUUGACA